GUUUUGCAGAAGUCAGAACACCUCUCUGUGUCUCUCUCUCUGUGUCUCUGCGGAACAGAUUAAGAAUCCGAACGAUCCAAACCAUGAAAACCAACAAAGCUUUGAAGCUUGGAAGAUUCGAACUUCACAAGCUUGUUAAUGAAGAGAAACAGCACAAGCUCACAGCGCUCUUCGCCACAAGUCAAGGUCAGUCGCCUCCUGCACAACUCUUUUCUUCACUCUCUCUCUCUAAAUCAGCGCAACAACACGCCUCCUCUCUGUCUCGAACCUGCUCUGAACAAACAAACAUUCCACCUAUCACCACCCCAAGCUCUCUGCAAAACUCAAUACUCUCCUCUCAGUGGCAUUUCAUCAAACACAAUUCACCCAACCUCACUCCCGCCUUAAUCUCAGAUGUCCUCUAUAACCUCCGUACAAACCCUAACCCUAUUGUCACAUUCAUCGAUCAAGUUGAGCCUCAAUGUCUUGAUAUCAAAUGCUAUUGUCUCGCCAUCGUUAUCAUCGCUCGCCUUCCAUCGCCCAAACCCGCCUUGCAACUCUUAAUCAAAGUAAUUAAACAUCGCAUUGCAACGAAUAGAGAGAUUUUCGAUGAAUUAGUGGAUGUUCGUGAGAGACUAAGUAUUUCGAGUUCGAUUGUUUUGGACUUAUUUGUAAGGGCAUUCUGUGAACUAAAGAGAGCCAAUGAAGCUUUAACGUGCUUUUAUAUGAUGAGAGAUAAGGGUAUAUUGCCCAAGAUUGAAACUUGUAAUGAUAUGUUGAGUUUGUUUCUUAAGUUGAAUCGGUUGGAGACCGCAUGGGUCUUGUAUGCUGAGAUGUUUAGGUUGGAGAUUAAUUCGACAGUGUGUACGUUUAAUAUAAUGAUUAAUGUGCUGUGCAGAGAAGGGAAGUUGAAGAUGGCCAAGGAAUUUAUUGUGCAAAUGGAGGUUUUGGGGUUUGAACCGAAUGUUAUUACUUACAAUACUAUAAUUCAUGGUUAUUGUUCUAGGAGGAACUUAGAAGGUGCUCGUAAGUUUUUUGAGACAAUGAAUGCUAAAGGGAUCAUGCCUGAUUCAUACACAUUUGGUUCACUGAUCAAUGGGUUGUCUAAGGAGAGAAGAGUUGACGAGGCAUCCGCACUUUUUGAGAAAAUGGAGGAAAAUGGGUUGUUACCUACUGCUGUGACAUACAACACUUUGAUUGAUGGGUAUUGCAAUAAGGGUGACUUACAGAGGGCUUUUGGGUAUAGGGAUGAGAUGGUCCGCAAGGGUAUAUUGCCAACUGUAUCCACUUAUAAUUUGCUAAUUCAUGCAUUAUUUUUGGAAAACAGGGUAUUAGAAGUUGAUGAUAUGAUUAAAGAAUUGGAAGAAAAGGGGAUGUCUCCUGAUAUUGUUACGUAUAACAUAUUGAUCAAUGGGUAUUGUAGGUCUGGGAAUGCAAAGAAAGCUUUUAAAUUCCACGAUGAGAUGCUAAGAAAAGGGAUUCAGCCUACACGGGUGACUUACACAUCCCUUAUAAAUGUUUUGAACAAGAGGAAUAGAAUGAAGGAAGCAGAUGACUUAUUUGCGAAGGCUUUAAAAAGACAUGUAUUGCCAGAUGUUGUUAUGUUCAAUGCAUUGAUUGAUGGUCACUGUGUGAAUGGUAACAUGGAACGUGCACUUUUGCUUUUGAAGGAAAUGGAUAGAAUGAAGGUGUCUCCUGAUGAAGUGACCUACAAUACUCUAAUGCAAGGACAUUGUAGGGAGGGUAAAGUCGAAGAAGCUCGUGGACUUCUUAAUGAGAUGAAGAGAAGGGGGAUUAAACCUGAUCACAUCAGUUAUAACACCCUCAUUAGUGGAUAUAGUAGGAAAGGUGAUAUGAAAGAUGCUUUUCGAUUUCGAGAUGAGAUGUUAAGUAUAGGUUUCAAUCCCACCCUUCUCACUUACAAUGCCCUUAUCCGAGGCUUAUGCAAAAACCAAGAGGGAGAUCAUGCCGAAGAGCUCCUUAAAGAAAUGGUUAGCAAAGGCAUUACCCCAGACGACAGCACCUAUUUCUCUUUGAUUGAAGGGAUAGCGAAAGCUGCUAAUUCUGUGGAAAACAAUGAUCCAUGAUCAAGUUUGUUUGCUAGUUGCCAACCUACCUUUGACAGAUAAUGAUGGUCCAGGAGUUCUUGUCUGGAAUUUUCAUCCUUUCUUGCUCUGGUAUACAGGCGUAACUUCUGGGUUUAAUAUACUUGAAUUGAUGAGUUCCAUACUUGACGAAGAUAUGACUUGUGUGGAAAAUCUUCAUGGAUAAUUUAGCUACUCUCCUGAAUCUCAGCACAACGUGAUCCCAGCCGAUAAUCUCUAUUCAGACAUGAAUUUGGUUCAGUGUAUCUAAAGCCAUAUAUAUUGCACUGGAAUCUUAAUUAUCUCAAAACGCACGCCUUUUCUUCAUCAGUGGGUUCAGAGAAGGAAGAUGUUGCUAUGUUGUCUCGAUCUUUGCAACUCGAGACAAAGAGAUAAUACCCCAGGAAGUUCUAUGCAGCUGACCAGAUAUUGUGAGCAAUUUCAUUCUGGCUGAUUCAAUAUUUGGACCAGCAAACAAUGUUGAUUGCUACAUAAACUGACACGACCAUUGCUGGGGACACAUCAGUAGUCAGUGGCAGUUACUUUGCUGUUGCGAAUCAUCAGAAGUGCAUACGGUAGCGGGGUUUGCGUAAUCAAAUUCUUCCUCCAAUUUUUCUUUCAGGAAACCCGAUGGAAGUUGCCUUUUUUCUUUGGCUUUUUCAUCCUGAACCGUCUUAAUUGUUGUCCAUCACCAAGGUACCACAUUUGAAAGCCGUUGAAGGUGGAUUUUUUUGCCUGUUGCUCUUCUUGUAAACUUUAUUUACCAUGCAAAUGUAGUAUUCUCAGAGACAAGUUUUAAUCUGGGUCAAAUUUUGACUUUUUAUCUAUGUUAUUGAACUUAUUGGUUCAUCGAGUCAAUAUGAUCGAUUUGAAAGUUUCGUUCCAUCA